AUGGAUACUGAAGAUCACAUACAUAUGAAAUUCAUCAAACCAUUUUUAGCAAUAGCAGGCAUCUGGCCUCUAGACAUCAAAGGAUUCAAACUCCUGAUGUACAAUUUCUACUUUUACGCCACCUUCACAUACUAUGUGCUUAAUGUUUCAACCAUUUACGUUACCGCCAAACAAGUAGCUUCACAUGGAACACCAACGGAAAUUACCAACUACAUUUCCAACGCUGUGUUUUCAACUCUUUUAAUUUAUAAAGCACUAACUUAUAGAUCUUCGGGUAUAAAAGAUUUGCUGAAUUUGAUAAAACGAGUUGAGGCGGACAUUGUGAACGAAGAAGAUGAGGAGAUUAAAACCAUCUACAUGAAAAACGUGAAAGCAUCGGAGUAUUUUGGUAAAGUUUACGUCUAUCAAGCAAUUGUAUCUACUUUCUGUGCACAACUUUUUCCAUUGAUCUCCACUCUAAUGAGUAAACCAAAUGAAGAAGGAUACAAAGAAAAAUACUACAUAGUAGCGAAUUGGGAACCAUUCGACAAAUACGAAUAUUACGGUGUUGCCUAUUUAGUUCAGUUGGCUUUUACCAUUUAUGCUGAGAUGUAUAUCAUCUUCUGCGGUACAUUUCUCUUGUUUAUUAUGGACAACAUCGUUGGUAGAAUAUUUGUACUUCAAUACAAAUUUAGCAAAUGUUUUGAUAAUGCUCAAGUCUUAUGUGAAACCCAUGGAAUGUCCUUUAAAGAUGCCUGCAAUAUUUUGGUAACGGGAUGCAUACGGGAGCAUCAACAGAUUAUAUGGUUUAUGAACAACAUGGACAACACAUUUAAGAGGUAUAUUUUUGUUGAAUAUAUCUGUACAUCCUUCGGUUUAUCUGUAGUCGUUCUGCAAUUUUUAUUGGAAGAAAGUAUUCAAAUGAAAAUUGCUGCAGCCGGUUUUUUCAUUGUAUUUGCUUCGCAGUCUCUAAUAAUUUACUAUCAUGCUGAUAUAGUAGCAUUUGAGGGUAGCCAUGGUUUGGUCAAAGCAAUUUUUUCCAGUAACUGGCACAUAUUAGAUGUAAGUGCUCAAAAACUAUUAAAAUUCGUCAUUCUUAGAGCUCAGAAACCCUUAACGCUGUCCAUAGGGCCAUUCAGAAAAGUGGGGGUCGAGUCAAUGAUUGCUUUAUUUAAAGCUACCUAUAGUUACCUGUCCGUAAUGUGGAAAUAG